UUGCCUAAACUUUUUUUUUUGCAAGUCAGUCUCUAGUCAUACUGUCUUCGUCUAGUCGCUGGACACUUCACUCGACUUAUUUAUUGCCUAAUAAACUUAUUAAAUUCUUUUUCUUGGGUUCAUUUUUGUAGGGGAAGAAAUGGACAGGAUAAGCAGUUUACCAGAUGGUGUGAUCAUCCACAUUUUGUCUUUCUUACCGUUGGAGAAGUCUGCUCAAACUUCGGUUCUCGCAAAGAGAUGGCGCAUCCUCUUUGCCUUCUCCCCAAAUCUUGAUUUGUUACUGUACCAAAAUGAUAUGCGGCGGCCAAGAUUCUUGAAAUUUGUAGAAAGAGUCUUGUAUGUCUCAGGAAACUCCUCCAUAAAGAAAUUCUCCCUGAGCUGUAGGAAGGGUUAUCGCACCAAGCUUUGGUUACGUGAUGUGCUGCAUCGUGGUGGUCUCUUGGAUCUUGAUCUCCGUCUAGGCAUAGCUGAUGCUGGUCUUCCUUGUGAGAUUUUCACUUGCAAGACACUUGUGGAGCUGAAACUAACUGAGUUUUGUAUUAAGGAGCUUCCUGAGGAUGCUUCUCUCCCUGCUCUUAAGAAGCUUUUCCUGAAAUCAGUUGAGUUGGAAAGCUUCUUUCAGCUUGCCCCGUUCUGGAGGAGUUGGUCUUUGAUGAUUUGAGGUGGGAUCUGUGGAAAUGGUCUCGCUCGGUCUCCAGCCCUAGCCUUCGGAAACUUACUUUUAAACAUACAGAGUUCGGCGGUGUUGAUAUGUCUGAUUUUGGGAACAUUACUAUUGAUACUCCCAGUGUUACCCAUUUAUACUACUCUGAUCUUGUCCCCAGUUCCUAUCUGGCUGUCAAUCUCAAUUCCCUUGUCGAAGCAAAUCUCGAUCUUGUUGUGACAGUAGGCCACUAUUAUAACUCACGAGAAGGUGAUAAUAUUACUAGCAAUCCAACAGAUCUGUUCAAGGGGAUGAGAAAUGUUCAAAUCAUGAACUUGUUAUCUCAAGAUAGUUUGGAGAUAUUCUAUUUAUUCCGUGGAGCAAUCCCAGUGUAUGAAAACCUGUUUCAUUUAUCUAUUAUAACGGAAUCAACAGACUGCUGGAGUGGACUGGUAUAUCUGCUAAACCAUUGUCCUAAUUUAGAGACUCUCACCAUCAAGGGUACCUUGCACUAUGAUAAAUAUGAUUACAUCUGCAACUGCGUGUCGGGAUAUUCUUUCCUUCUGUCAUGUCCUGUGAAAGUCGUAAAGAUAACAGAGUACGGAGGAACUGCCGACGAGUUGUUACAGCUAAAGUAUAUUUUAGAGAAACUAUCACGUCUUGAGCGGUUGGAAGUUAGUAUUUGGGGUACAGAUGACAUGAAGUUUCAAAAAGCUAAGGAUUUGCUAAUGCUUCCAAGAGCUUCGACCAAGUGCAAGAUCAAGAUCAUCAACUAGCUCAUCGUCCCGUUGCCAAAUACAGAACAAAACUUUGAUUUUGUUGACCUACCUAGCGGUCUUUUUCUCACUACUGUAUUUGCCUUUUGAUCUUUAUCAUACUUUUGUCUAUGGAAUAUUUCUGAACUGAAUUCGCAACAGAUAUUUUGCUUCUGUCAUGGGAUUGUUCUCUUAGUCUUAGUUGACGUGUUAACCGACCAACAGAUCUUUUACUUUGAAAUGAUAAGAGAAUCUGCUUU